UCAUAUCAUUUGAGCGUGACGUGGAAUAAGACUCGUCAGCAGAAGCGCUGGGAAGUGGGAUAUUGGAGUUAUAAAGGUGUAUGUUUUGGGACCUAGAGUAAAAUUACUGAAGGAAAAAUGUCCCGAGGUGCAUCAAAACUUGGAAACCUGAAAGACAAAUUAGAUGGAAACGAGCUUGAUUUGAGCUUGAGUGACAUGAGUGAAAUACCAGUGCGGGAACUGGCAGCAAUACCAAAGGCCACUGUAUUGGACCUGUCUUGUAACAAGCUGACAGCAUUACCGGGGGACUUUUGCUCUCUCAUUCACAUUGUAAAGUUAGAUCUCAGUAAGAAUCUGCUAGUGCAACUUCCAUCUGAAUUUGGAAGACUGAUAAAUCUUCAACACCUGGAUCUGUUACAGAACCGACUGACAGUGCUGCCUGUCACCUUUGCAUAUCUAAAGAACCUCAAGUGGCUUGAUCUAAAGGACAAUCCACUCAAUCCAGCUCUGGCCAAAGUAGCUGGCGACUGCCUGGAUGAGAAGCAGUGUAAAGAAUGUGCCCAGGGGGUUCUUCAGUACAUGAAGAUUGUUCAGUCUGAUCUGGAAAAAGAAAUGCAGCGUAAACUUCUGAUGGAACAAGCACAGAAGCAGAAACAUGAAGCUGAGCAGCAACAGAGGGAGGAGCGGCAAAGACAGCUGAGGCGUCGGGAGAAAGCCCGGCAAAAAGAUAAAAAGAGGAGAGACUACAAUGCUUUACAGGCAGCUCAGAGACAAGUAAAGAAUAACACAGAGAAUGAAAAAUCUUACAAUCACAAAGUGUUUGCCAUUCCCAUUGAGAAGAAGCAGCAGCAGAGGCAAUCGUGGCUGGGACGCCUUGUUGUCUUCAUCCUGUUCAUGUUGAUGAUGGCUAUUGGGAUUGUUGUGAUUUGUCACUGUACGCAACUGCAAACUAAGAAUAUAUGCUUCAGUAUUAAUGCAGUGUAUGAGGAAACGUUGACUACUCUGCGCAGCUAUCAGAUCCUGGAAGGUAUUCUACAGCCACCAGGCCCACAACAAGAAGGUCAUUGACACUUGUAUGAACUCACUUUAAAUGGGGUGGGGUUGACUUGUACACCUCUUUCUAUGGGGUACUUCUUUUUUAUGAAUUUGUGUGUCCAUUGCUGCUGUGUUGGUGGAUUUCAUUGUUAAAUGGGCUCCUUGAUUUCCAGUGUUUUAAAAUAUUAUUAAAAUUAUAAGGUAUAAUAGGAUUAAAUAGGAAUAUCUUGGUUUGUAUUAAAUACCCCUAUGCAGAGGUGUAUUUACUUUUGCCGCUGCCCUAUGCCUGACUUAGGGCAGCACCUCGAGCCUCCAACCUCCCCCUCUGUGGCCGCCCUCAAUACAGAGAGCUGGGAUAUGACAUCAUAUAAUGGCGAUCCGUGUCUUAAAGGCAAACACCACCCUUUAUGUACUCUUAUGGAGGCGGUUCUAGGUCGCCGAGUCCUCCAUAGUGUAAAUGGACCUCUGGAAAGCAGAGACUUAUGUAAACAUCCCAUUUAGCAGCAGUACCCUUGGGGAAGGGGCCUGACCACCUAAGACUUUGUCACAGUCUGUGAUACCUUGAGUGCGCAAUAUAUUGUUCAUUGCAAACUUGCAUAUCAUUUCCUCUAACUUAUCCUAGAGUAAAAUGGUAGUAAGUGGGCCAAGGUAGAGAUGCAUUUGUUGACAUGCAUAUCCCUAAAAUAUAUUAAUUUACCGUGGAUGGAAGAACUCAAUAAAAAGAGAUUCAAUAAGCAGCAGUGGUAAAAACAGGACACUACUACUGUAUAGUUAAGACACGUAAAUUUUCAAAAAUGGUUGACAAAAGAUGUGGGUUGGAUUUGAGUUACAGUGCUCAGACAUUUCAGUGGUUUUGCUUUCAAAUUUACAGAAAAAACAUUCACAUGAAAUGUUUUCGUGGGAGAGACCAACAAAUUUGUGAUGUGUCACUUAUUCAAACCAUAAAUUCUACUGUUCAGUACAAUAAAUUAACCCAUAUA